AGUGACGUCACGGGGAGCGAGUGGAGCGGCGGGAGGACGAACCGGGAGCUCCCGUGACGUCAUUAUUUCACCGAGGGGGAGGCCUGCGUGACGUCAUGCCGACCGUGCUGGGCCUGGAGGGCUCCGCCAACAAGGUGGGCGCGGGGGUCGUGCGGGACGGCGCCGUCCUCAGCAACCGCCGCGCCACCUACGUCACCCCGCCGGGACACGGGUUCGCCCCCGGGCCCACCGGGAGGCACCACCGGGAGCGGCUCCUGGGCCUGGUCCGGGCUGCGCUCCGGGACGCGGGGGUGGCACCGGAGGAGCUCGACGCGGUGGCCUUCACCAAAGGUCCAGGGAUGGGAGCCCCGCUGGCCGUGGUAGCCACGGUGGCUCGCACGCUGGCCCAGCUGUGGUCGCUGCCCCUGGUGGGGGUGAAUCACUGCGUGGGGCACAUCGAGAUGGGGCGGCUGCUGGGGGCCGCCCCCGACCCCGCCGUGCUCUACGUCAGCGGGGGCAACACGCAG